AUGGCUCCAGGGUGCUCAGAAGGUCCCCGAGGACUGCACAGAAAUUCCUCUCUUCUGAAGACCGAAGCAGCUCCCGUGGAGCCCAAAAUGACUCCGGACCCAGACACAUCAACUGUGUCCGGGGAUCAGCAAGCAUUCCCGAAGACCGCAAUGACGCAAGAAUCCAAGCAGAAUCCACAAACGUCACGCAACCCUGGCUGUCUUGAGGAGGCUGGAAAUCUAGAGAACCAAGUUGUUCAUUCUGAGAUUGACGAACUCAAUAUUUCGGAUAACGAAGAAGACGACGCUUCGGAUAAUGAAGAAGACAGUCAGUUAGACUACGAAGAUGAUGACAGUUCGGAUAGUGAAGAAAAAUCACCGCAUUUGGAUACUAGUCGAAAGUUCGAGGAAGUAAUCAAGAAGAAUGAAAAUGCCUUUUUAAGGUUUGAAAAAGAGAGGUUAGAAAGAGAUCAGCUGAUAAAUGAAUUAGCAUGGAAGGUAAAGGCCCUGACUCAAGGAAGAAUGAAGAUGGAAGAACACAUAAGAGACCUCGAACUGUUGAACAAAGAAAAGGACACACAAAUCUAUUCAAUGUCCGAAGAAAUGCAAAUAUUGAAAAGCAAAAUUAUAGAAAAGGCGAAGGUAACCGAAGUGCAAACGAAAGAGAGAGAAGAGAAGGACCAGAAGUUGAUCAUUUUGGAAAACACUGUCGUAGUUCUCGAAAUGGAGAAGGAGACGUUGCAUCGAGAUCUACAGCAAAGAGAAGAAGGCAGGAUAGAAAUGCAAGUCAGGAUAACCGAGCUAAAUGAGGAUUUGCAAAGCCUUCGCAAAGAGAACAGAAGGAAAGAGAAGACCAUUGAAAGUCUGAAGAAGGAAAACGAGCAGAAGACCUCCAAGAUCAGCGACUUAGAGGACGAGUUACAAGUCCUUGUCGCUGAGAAACAGAUGGCCCAAGAAAAUGUGAAACAGCUCCACAAAUGUAAAGCCGAAUUAGUUGAGAAAAAGGAGGAACUGGAAAAGCUGAAAGAGGAGAACUUGCAGAAAGAUCGAGAGCUCCUCCGACUGGAAAAUGAGUGCACCCCCAAGCAAAUGGAAGUCAUCCGUUUGCAGAAAGCAUCUCAAACUGUUGUAGCAGAAAACCCGACGGCAAAUGGAAAGCUGAAUGAAAUAGGAAGGAAAGUUCAACUUGAAUUUGAAUUGGCUGAAGCGAAGGAGGAAUUAGAGACGACGGAGUUUGAAAAGAUGGAGGCAAUCUUGGAACUCGAAAGCCUCCAGGAAGAGACCUUGGCCAAGGACAAGAAGAUCAGAGGCUUGGAAACUAAAGUAAAAAUGCUUACAGGAGAAAAGAAGCGUCAAGGAAUGAAGGCUCCUAUAUCUGAGAGGAAAGCUGAAGAGAAAAAGGCUUCGGAUAAAGCUCGAUGUCUGAGGAAGCCCCAGAUCAACUGCGAAGCUCUCUCCCGACAAAUGGACAGCCUCGAAGAAAAACUUCGCCAAAUCAAGGAAUCUACAGCCAACCUCCGAAAACUGGAGCAAGAGGCGAAGAUGUUCCAAAAGCUCUACAGGGGAAACGCCGUUACGUAA